AUGGUUUCUAGACUUCCCAAGUUCGGCUUGCGUCCCAAACCUGCCACACUCUCCAACGCCGCUCAGACAGGUCCGACUGCUACCGCCAAUGCCGCCACCUUCACCGGCGCCACUGCAACCAGCACCCGCCUCACCAAUGGCUUCUACCAUCACCCCGGCCCGGCAGGGGUCAACAGCGGUCUGACUGCGCCCCCCUCCUCUGUUAAGCAGAAUGGGUCCAUCAGAGUGCCGACCUCCAUGAAAUGGAGGAAAGAAAAUGGGGCGAUGGAGGAGGGAGGGGCUGAUGCAGAGAAGGAGUGGAGAAGAGGAAAAGGCGGGAAUGUUGGACAGAAUCACCCCAGUAACAACAUCCAUCAGUAUUGUUCCCAAAGGCAACACGGAUCACCAGUGGUGUUGCAGGGUGACCCCAAAAAAAUGACCACAUCCUCUGCAGGAAAAGGGCGUGGUCUUGGCCUGCCUGGGACAUCAUCAUCAUUGACCUCGCCACAGCCCAGCCCCAGAACACUUCCUGUUUGUAAAAGUGGAUCUGUGGGUUCCAAACCGAGCCAGACUGUGUCCAGGCCGACCAACGGCACAAAGCAGACCCUGAACGGUCUUCCUGGAUCUAAACCCCGGAGUGGAACCAGUGGGUCUCUAAGACAGCCUCAGGGUUUUGCUCGUCCUGGCGGUUCUAGGCCAGGUUCUGGUCCUGGGUCUCGAUCUGGUUCCCCCCUCCAAAAGAAACCGCCAGCCAGCCGCUCACAGUCUAGUGACAACCUUGGAUCCACUGCAUCCGUCCAGCUCACCGAAAGCGACCGGUUUCGGUCACGUAGCCUCACCCAGUCCACCUCCACCUCCUCCCUUGCCCGCUCCCCCACCGCCACCCGCUCCUACUCCAUCAACAGGGCCGCUGAGCGAGGCCUCAAAGAGCUAACAGCUUCCUCCGCUCAGGCUCCACCCAGAGGCAGCUCAGCAAAAUCACCUGUUCCCAGCCAGACUCUGGAGGGCAGACGUGGAGGAGUCAAAGUUCAAAGUGCUGUUGCUUCUGGUAGGUCAGGGUUCAGCAUCCCUUCCCUCCUACCCCCCUCUGCCUUAAAGAAACCCCUCCUGCCCAGCCUUGGCCCCGCCUCCAAGCCCAGUGGCAUCAGCUAUAAGCUGUCACGCCCGUCACUCAUGAAGCAGUCCCGCCCCCUCCGGGUGACCACAGACAAUGUGUCCAGAGGUGACCAGGAAGUGAAGCAGGCACUGAGAGGGCGGAGGAACUCACUAGAGAUUCCUUCUACGACAGAAAACAGCCCAGAGAGCACCCCAGAGGCUCCAGAGCCAAUAUCCCGGGCAGAGGUGUCGAUUGUGGGGGAGACACUGGAGGACAUGUCACUGUCUUCAACCUCCUCUCUGGAUAGGAACGACACCAGUCAAGAGUAUAUGGACGACUUUGACAACCUCGGAAGCGGAGGAGUCGGCAUUAUGCUGCUCUCCUCCAAAAAUGAUGAAGACGACUCAGGGCUCGACCAAUCAUGUGCCAGGUUUGAUGAUGACAAGGUGGCCAUCAACGGUGUCACCAAGGCAACAGGACUGUGUUUCCUGGACGAUGGUAUGGACUGGACCGGCAUGAGACUAAGUGGCGAUCGAGGGGAACAUCGUCUGACCCAGCUCUCACGCCGGAGACAGUCCAGUCAGCCAGAUUAUCAUGACCAGGGUGGGUCGUCCCUGGAUCUGUCCCCCUCCGACAGCUGUGGGUCUGGGGGAACCUACAUGUGGGACGAGGAGGGUCUGGAGCCACUGGGGGGUGCCGUCACGACCGCUUCCAUCACCACCAACGGCAACACCACCCACCACAUCGGGAGCUUCGACUCGGACCUCAACAGCAUCGACAUCUUGAACAACCUGGACUCCUGUGAUCUGGAGGAUGAUGAUCUAAUGCUGGAUGUAGACUUUGCAGAAGACGCCUCGCUGCACAGCGAUGGAGAUGGGAUGUCCCACAUGGCUCAGUGGAGGAUGAGACAGCUCUGCUGGGGGACGCAGGAUGUCCACAAUGACAAUGAAAGUGACUUCCAGUGUUACAAGCUAACUGAGGAUCCUGGGAAUAAGAGGACAGACACGAUCAGGGACAGUGACCUGAUUCUGGACCUUUGUCCUUCAAGGUCUCCUGGCCUGUCUCCUGGUAGUCCUGGUUUGGGUCUGGAUGUGGAGGAACUGGCUGAGGACUGCUCUGCGGUGCGAUCACAGCUGGAGUACCUGCAGAAGUUACUGCUGCAGGAGGAAGAUGUGGAUGAUGACACUCUGACCACAGACACUCUGAGUCCUGAGACCAACGACUCGUCCCACAGCUCCAACACACAGGUGCAGGCUCUGCUGCAGGAGGUGCAGCAGCUCAGGGAGGAGCUGAGGAGCAGAGACCGAACCAUUGCGCAACUCACACUGCAACUGACUGUUCCCACGGUGACCGCCAGGUGUCAUUGCCAGGAGAUGACAGGGAGGAUGGAUCGACACACACAGACGAGUGUGGCAGAGAGCGAGAGCGUGGCCUCGCAGACGCCCUGGAGAGAGCACGCUUUACAGAUACUUCACUCCUCCACCCAGGAAGACCAGGAACCACUGAUGGACCGAGUCCCACCGCCACCGCCAACGCGAGCUCCGCCUCCAGCCAACCCCUGCUCUAAGAUCCCCGCUGACACCGACACAACUGACUCCACCACCGAGGAAAGACAGGAUGAUGGGAAAAAAUCAACAAAGGAGAAGAGAGGAGCCUGCAGCAGAUCCCUGAAGCUCCCCCAGCCCUCCAAGCUCCACCUCUUCCUGUCUCAGACCUCCAAACCUGACCCAAGCUCCGCCUGCACCUCCGCCGCUGCCCUCCCUCCAAAGACGAGGGCGCCCAAGCAGCCGUCGACGCCUCAUGACCCAGAGAGCAGCGGCUCUUCUGGGGUUAAGCUAAAAGCACUGGCCUGCUCCUCCAGCUCUUCUCGCCUCCCCAAACCAAAGAGCCACUGA